AUGAACGAUGGAUCAAAUAAACGGCAACCUACAGUUCUUGCAAUCUUUAAAAAUUCCAAGGAAGCCAGCAAAAUGAUUCAAACAUUUAAAAGUCCCAGGUUUAAACUCAAGGCAUGGGAACCUUUGCCAAAAAAUACAAAUAAUAAUGAUAGUGAUAGUAAUCUUAGUAGCAGUGGCAAUGGCAAUGAUGAUAAUGACAAUUCUACAAUACCACUAUAA